UCUCUCUCUCUCUCUCUAUAUAAAUAUAUAUAUAUAUAUAUAUAUGUGAAAUAUAAAGUUGACUUUUACUGAAAUAGUAGUGUCCAUAUACUCUUAAUCGUCUAUCUUCUCGUGGACUCAGAUACAAACGCAAUACUAGCUAGCAGAGAGAGAGAGAUGGCCACUGCGCAUGUUCUAGUUAUACCAUUUCCAGCACAAGGCCAUGUGAACCCCAUGAUGCUUUUGUCCAGAAAAUUAGUGAAGUAUGGUUUCAAAAUCACAUUUGUAAACACAGAAAACAUCCACGAGCGUGUUGAGGGUGCAUUGGAUAGCCUCGUGGAUUCAAACAUUAAUUUGGUGUCUAUCCCAGAUGGAUUGGGUCCUGCGGAUGACCGAAAUGAGUUGGGCAAGUUAUGUGAAGCUAUGUUACACACCAUGCCAGAGAAGCUUGAGGAGCUCAUAAACAAUAUCAAUGCUUCAAAUGGUGACGAUAAGAUCAGUUGUAUAGUGGCCGAUGCUUGUAUGGGGUGGGCCAUUGAAGUUGGCAAUAAGAUGGGAAUUAAAGGAGCUGUCUUCUGGUUUGCUGCAGCAGCUUCUCUUGCCUUGCAAGUCAGCAUCCCAAGCUUGAUUGAUGAUGGCAUUAUAGAUUCUGAUGGAAUUCCAACCCAAAAACAGGUGAUUCAACCACUCCCAGGCAUGCCUGCCAUGGACACAGCUUAUAUUUCUUGGUAUCGUAUAGGUGAUUCAGCCUGUCAGAAGAUUCUCUUCAAAUAUAACCAACAAUAUAUGCAAACUUUGAAGUUCGCAGACUGGUGGCUUUGCAACACAGUUCCUGAACUCGAGCCUGUAACAUUUUCUUUGGCUCCAAAGCUUCUGCCGAUUGGUCCAUUGAUGUCAAGCAAACACACUGAAGAUUCGGUGGGACAAUUUUGGCAACUAGAUCACUCUUGCCUAAACUGGCUUGAUCAGCAACAACCCUGCUCAGUCGUGUAUGUUGCCUUUGGUAGCUUUACAGUUUUUGACCCAACUCAAUUCAAAGAGUUAGCUCUUGGUCUCGAGCUCACCAAUAGACCUUUCCUCUGGGUGGUACGUCCGGAUAUCAUCGAUCAGUCAAGAAAUGCAUAUACAAAAGAAUUUCAAGGCACUCGUGGGAAGAUCAUAGGUUGGGCACCUCAAACUAAGGUCUUAAAUCACCCUGCCAUUGCUUGUUUUAUUAGCCAUUGUGGUUGGAAUUCUUCGAUAGAAGGUGUAAGCAAUGGGGUACCUUUCUUGUGCUGGCCUUACUUUGCUGACCAAUUUCUUGACCGGAUCUACAUUUGUGAUGUUUGGAAGGUUGGACUAGGAUUUGAGCUAGAUGAGAAUGGAAUUGUAUUGCGGGAAGAAGUUAAGAGGAAGGUGGAUCAACUACUUGGUGAUGAAAGCAUAAGAGCAAGAUCUUUGGAGCUUAAGAAAAUGUUGAUGAAUAAUAUAGCAGAUAAUGGUCAGUCUUCAAAGAAUUUCAACAACUUCAUCCAAUGGCUAAAGGCAUAAUCCCGCAUGUGUUAUGCAGUAGAAGAUGAGAUCUCCUUCCAUGAAGGAUUUACAUAUGGAAGAAAUCAAGAAAUAGGUAUUCCUUUAAUAUUGACAUCAGAGUGUAUCUGAGGCAGCCUAAAGACUUGAUAUAAAUGUAACUCAUAUCUUGAUGCCCAGAAAAAUAAAGUGUGGGAAUGACUUCAAUAUACAAAUUUGAGGUAUAAUCAAAAUAAAAUCGGUAUGCUCAGAGAAAGAAUGCUGUUAGCCUGCCAUUAAAUA